AUGCGGCGCUCGGUCCUGGUCAGGAACCCAGGCCGCAAAGGCCCAGGGCCUGCCUAUGAAGAGCUUGGCUCAGACUCGGAAGACCUGGACCCCAACCCCGAAGACCUCAGCGCCGUCUCCGAAGACGUGGGCCCUGGCUACGAAGAGCUAGAGCCCGCCUCCGACGACCUGGACCCUGACGCGGAGACUCCAAGCUCCAUCGCGGGGACCCGCGCCACGGAUCCCCAAGAUCUCGACCCCAUGUCUUCAAGUUUUGAUCUCGAUCCAGACGUCAUUGGGCCCGUGCCCCUGAUUCUUGACCCUAACAGCGACACCCUCAGUCCCCCGGAAGCCCCAGACCUGGACCCCCUCUCCUCCAGCCGUCCCGCCACCCCGGAAGGCCUGGCCACCAGCCAGGCGGUGAUCCCGGCCCCGGCCAGCCCUCCCCGGCCCUUCUCCUGCCCCGACUGCGGGCGGGCCUUCCGGCGCAGCUCCGGGCUCAGCCAGCACCGCCGCACCCACAGCGGCGAGAAGCCCUACCGCUGCCCCGACUGCGGCAAGUCCUUCAGCCACGGCGCCACGCUGGCCCAGCACCGGGGCAUCCACACGGGCGCCCGGCCCUACCAGUGCGCGGCCUGCGGCAAGGCCUUCGGCUGGCGCUCCACGCUGCUGAAGCACCGCAGCAGCCACAGCGGCGAGAAGCCCCACCACUGCCCGGUGUGCGGCAAGGCCUUCGGCCACGGCUCGCUGCUGGCCCAGCACCUGCGCACGCACGGCGGCCCGCGGCCGCACAAGUGCCCGGUGUGCGCCAAGGGCUUCGGCCAGGGCUCGGCGCUGCUCAAGCACCUGCGCACGCACACGGGCGAGCGGCCCUACCCGUGCCCUCAGUGUGGCAAGGCCUUCGGGCAGAGCUCGGCGCUGCUGCAGCACCAGCGCACGCACACGGCCGAGCGCCCCUACCGCUGUCCCCACUGCGGCAAGGCCUUCGGCCAGAGCUCCAACCUGCAGCACCACCUGCGCAUCCACACGGGCGAGCGGCCCUACGCCUGCCCCCACUGCUCCAAGGCCUUCGGGCAGAGCUCCGCGCUGCUGCAGCACUUGCACGUGCAUUCCGGGGAGCGCCCCUACCGCUGCCAGCUCUGCGGCAAGGCCUUCGGCCAGGCUUCCAGCCUCACCAAGCACAAGAGGGUGCACGAGGGCGCGGCUGCGGCGGCUGCGGCCGCGGCAGCCACGGCUGCUGCCGCCGGCCUGAGCCUUAGCCCUGCUUCCGUGGUGCGGCCCGGGCAGGCCUCCCUCCCGGGUUCUGAGGCUGCCUCCGGGCUUGGUUCUGACCUGGGCCCCAGCUCCGGCCCUGGCUCUGGAUCUACCCUCACCCCUGAUCCUGUCAAGUCCCCUGAAACUAAGCCCGGCUAUGAUGCCAAUCCUGACCUUGUGGCCAGCCCUGACCACGGGUCUGGUCACAGCUCGGACCCAGAUCCUGUGCCCAGUCCCAACCCCAACCCCAGCCCUGAGUCCCACCCUGACCCCAGCUCUCCCACCCACGACAGCUCAGCCCUCCCUGCCUGUCAGGAUCCUGAAAGGGCGGAGGAGCGAGGGGCACUGCUGGGGCCUGACGGCUGA